UUUCCAUUCUUAAUUUCCUAGAUUUUCUUCGCUUUGAGUCUCUUCAUCUUCUUGCGGUUCUCUGCAAACUCUAGCGUAAAUGGCGGAUUUGAUUGACAAGGCGAAGAACUUCAUUGCUGAUAAGGUGGCCGACAUUCCCAAGCCGGAGGCCUCGGUCACCGACGUCGAUUUCAAGCGUUUAAGCUGCGAUUCCGUCGAGUAUUUGGCAAAUGUUUCUGUCUCCAAUCCUUACAGCUGCGCCAUUCCUAUCUGUGAGAUUUCUUACACUCUCAAAAGUGACGGAAGAGUGAUUGCUACGGGGACGGUGCCAGAUCCAGGAUCUUUGAAAGCAAGUGACUCGACUAUGCUGGAAGUGGCGGUGAAAGUUCCGCAUACCGUACUGAUAAGCUUAGUGAGGGACAUAGGCCGAGAUUGGGACAUUGAUUACGAGUUGCAGAUCGGACUCACCAUAGACCUUCCGGUCAUCGGAAGCUUCACCAUUCCUCUCUCCACUAAAGGCGAGAUGAAGCUCCCUACCUUCUCUGACAUGUUCGCUUAGCUAUAUCAAAACUCUUGUUCAAAGUUCUAAAUCACGCCUAAAGUGAUCGAUAAUAAGCUUGUUGUAAUUUGUGUUUAAAUCAUGCAUCUCUUAUACGCAGCAUAAAGACAAUUUGAGUCCAGUUUUCUAUCU